CAGAAGCCGAGAAGGGAGACUCAGGCGGACCGCCCGGGGGCAAGGCAGAGUCCAAGGAUGGGGUCUCGGGUGGACGGCCCGGGGGCAAGGCAGAGUCCAAGGAUGGGGUCUCGGGCGGACGAAGGCCGCCGCGGGCGAACUCAGGGGGCCGAGCAUGAGAGCAAGGACCGCGGCCGGAAAAGUCAGGGGGCCGAUCAUGAGGGCGAGGACCGCGGCCGGGAAAGUCUGGAGGCCGGGCUUGAGGGCGAAGACAGCGGUACUCAGGGGGGCGGGCUCGAGGGCGAAGACCGCGGCUCUCAGGGGGCCGGGCUCGAGGGCGAAGACCGCGGCUCUCAGGAGGCCGGGCUCGAGGGCGAAGACUGCGGCUCACAGAGGGCCGGGAUCGAGGGCGAAGACUGGCAGGAGAGUAGUCGGCGGGGCCUCCAACGGCACAGGACAUAGGAUUGGCAGGACCCCCGGCAGGAGAGUAGACGGCGGGACCUCAAACGAGACAGGACAAGGAGCUGGCAGGACCCCCAGCGGAACCUCCAACGAGACAGGACAUAGGGUUGGCAGGACCCCCG